AGCUCUUUAUGUGAGAAUAUAGAAGGAAGUAAUAAAAGAAAGUAAUAAAUAAAGAAGAAAUUUUAAAGUAAAUAAGUUGUAAAUCAGUGAAUAGGAACAUGCAAUACAUCAGCCUGAACAAAGAUGGAGAAACAGAAAGGUUCAUGGGGUGAUCAGGCGCAAACAGAUACCUGGCUUCAGCAGUGGGGAGUCUAGAGGACUGUGGGUGAUGAUUCUGGGAAGAUGGUUAAUGCCUUACAAUACAAACUGAGGAGUAUGGCUUUUCUCUAAGCAUUUCGGUAGGGCAGAAAAAGUUCCUGUUAUGCAUCAAAUGAGGCAGAGUCAAAUCCUUGCUAUUCAAAGAGCGAUCAGUGUGGGAAUCACAAGCUAUAUAAUCAGCGGGCUAAAAGGUCUCACCUAUGAAAUGAGUUUGGUAGUCUCACACUUCCCUCCCUCGAACACACACAUAUACACGUGCACGCCCACACUCCCGCAGGCAUUCAUGCACUGACUCAUACAGAUAUGUCUCUCAAGUUUUUCCUAGUGGAAAAUAUGUGAAAGUCAUUGUACAAGAUAAACUGCUAAACAAAUACAGCAUACUAAUAUUAAUCAGUUAAUGAAACAUCAGAGGGUUUUGAGUGGGUGAUAGAAGUGAGAAAAAUUGGCAUCAGGUUCUCCAGGAUGUCUGCUAGCAUUCCUAGAAGAUGAUGAGGAGUGUUGUGAAACACAAAGGCCUCACUGAGGGAGAUGGCAUAGUUUAGUUAUAGGGCAGUUCUUCAGCAGAGCCCUGGUAAUGCAGUGGCUUCGCUGCUAACUGAAAGCUCAGCAGUUUGAACUCACCUGCCUCUCCAAGAGAGAAAGAUGUGUUAGUUUGCUUCCAUAAAGAUUACAGCCUUGGAAACUUUAUGGACCAGUUCCACUCUGCCCUAUAGGGUCGCUAUGAAUCAGGAUCAACUUGAUGGCAAUGGUGUUAGUUCUCCAGCAGACCUUUAUUGUUGAUGAUGCCAUUGUGUAUUGGCCUUCUCAGGAAAGAGCCUAGUGGGGCUGAUCCAGAGUUCAGAAAUGCUGCAGUAGAAACCCAGAGAGGUAAGCACUGCAUGGAACCAUUGAGGGCAGUUGCAAUAGGUAUGAAAAUGAAGAUGGGACUAAGCAGAAAGGGAUAUAUAGUAAAAGAGAACAACAGAAUGCCCCCUGACAGCAAGUGUGGAAAGAACAGAUUUCAAUCCUCUUCCUGCUUUUGUUUAAAGAACAGUGGCUGAAAAUGGCCUUAGGGAACCACAGCACCAUCACUGAGUUUCUCCUCCUUGGGCUGUCUGCUGAUCCCAAGAUCCAGGCUCUGCUCUUUGUGCUGUUCCUGAUGAUUUACCUCCUGACCCUGAUGGGGAACCUGAUGAUGAUACUCGUGAUCCAUACAGAUUCUAAACUCCACACACCCAUGUACCUCUUCCUGAGUCAUCUCUCCUUCCAAGAUCUCUUCUAUUCAUCAGUCACGGUGCCCAAGAUGCUAGAGGACCUCCUGUCUCAAAGGAAAGCCAUCUCAGUAGACGGCUGUCUGGCUCAGGUCUUCUUUAUGCUUGCCACGACAGGGAUUGAGGCCUGCCUGCUCUCUGUGAUGGCCUAUGAUCGCUAUGCUGCCAUCUGCCAUCCUCUGCUCUAUGGACAGAUGAUGAGUAAACAGGUGUGUGUGAGGUUGGUGUGGGGCUCUUGGGUCGUGGCCUUUCUGGAUGCACUCAUCAACACCCUCCUGGCUUUGAAUUUGGACUUCUGUGAGCUCCAAACCAUCCCCCACUACUCCUGUGAGCUGCCCUCUCUCUUCCCUCUCUCCUGCUCUGACACGUCCACCAAUGCUGCAAUGUUGCUCUGCUCUGCCCUUUUCCAUGCCAUUGGAACCUGUCUCCUGAUCUUCUUCUCCUAUGCCCGUAUUGUCGCCACCAUUCUGAGCAUUAGCUCCACCUCUGGCAGAAGCAAGGCCUUCAUCACCUGCUCCUCCCACCUCACUGCAGUAAGCUUAUUCUAUGGCUCAGCUGUUCUCCGAUAUCUCAUGCCAACAUCAGGCUCUGCACUGGAGUUGGUCCUCUCCAUUCAGUACAGCGUAAUCACUCCCCUACUGAAUCCUCUCAUCUACAGCCUGAAGAACAAGGAGGUGAAACCAGCUCUGGGAAGAACGAUGCUAAGAUACUUAAAAUGUCUCAGAUAGCACAGAAAAGAUAGGGUACAAAGGAAAAGUAGAAUAGAACUGCAGCAAGACAUCCAAUGAUAUCCUGGUUGCCUAUUUGUCACUUGUUGCAAGAUACACGGCUGAUUCUCACUUGAUAAAAAUUAUAGAGGAAAGUGCUGGGAGCUAUUUUACUUGCCAGGGCUCAGAAUCUAUCCUAUUCAGAAACAGACCAAUGAGUCAGAAAACUCAACUUCAUAGAUUUGGUUAAUGACACGUUGAUUCGUGAUACAUAUUUUUGAAAAUCUUAUUAGGAUU